AUGGCUCCUUGCUGGAUCCAGGAGAUCGCCGAGGUGGCAAGCAAGGCGUGGCGCUUCGGCCCGGGCCGGGCGGCGGUGAGCGUUCCGCAGUCCACGGACGAGGUUCUUAGCAAAAAUGCCACCUUGGAGCGCCAAAGGAUUUUCAGAUUGCAGAACUCCACGAGCCUGCAGAUUCCCAAGGCGGCCUUCCAACGGCUUGUGAAGGACAUCUUGGAGCAGCUGAAUGAGGAGGAGCGAAAAUUUGAGGUUCCCAGAUAUGCGACCCAGGAGGAGCAUGCCCCCUUUCGCAUGGAGAGUCAAGCCUUGUUUGCCUUGCAAGAGGCAGCAGAGCAUUAUCUCACGGGCCUCAUGGAGGAUGGCAACCUCUGCGCCAUCCACAACAAGAGGGUCACCCUCAUGACCAAGGACUUGGAGAUCGUCUCGCGGCUGCGCCACAGGAAGAUCUGA